UGCUCCCGAGGCAGGGAAAUCACAAUUUGGCGCAGGCGCACUGGCGAGGCCGUCUGGCGGCGUUUGGGCCUUGGCGGGAGGGGGCGGUAGAGGUUGGAGCAAGCGAGCCUUCAGUGACGGCAAGAUCUAGGGUACUUCCGAAGCAGGGUUGCUUAUUGGCUUGGGGAAUCCUUCCUGCUUAAGGCCAUACUUCAGUGACCCGGAAGUGCUUCUGCCGUGACCUCCUCUCGUGGGAGGCUACCUCCCAGCUCGGCUAUGCUUCUUUUCCCCAUCUCCGGCCACGUCUGCAACCUCUGCAUCUUCUUAUUCAUCUUCUUCUCCUCCGUACACAUUUUAGUUCUGGAACCAGAAACCAUGACUGAAGCUAAGCUGUCAUUGUCCCUGGGCGGGUUGUGUCAACCACGUACUCCCCGUGCUCUACCCUUGUGUCAGUCUAGACCAAAAUGCGUCUCCUGCCUACACUCAUCUGCAAGUUGUUUUCCCCAGUUUUUGUACCCGUAGACUUAGCACGGUGGAACAUACCUUAGGUGCCCUCAAAACUCCCUCCUCAAGCAUCAUGCCUCUAACCAGCGUCAGCCGAAAGGCUGAAAAGUCCUUGGCUGUGUUCUGGGGCUGUGAGUUGAACUGGGAUAAUCGCUCAUAUACUUUUGAUCCCUUGGAAGAUGAGAACUGUGACCGUAAGUUAAUGCUGAACCUGAUCUGCCUAGGGGAGACGAAAAAUGAUGAGGUGAACAUAGUGGAGAUCAUACCACCCCCUAAUGAGGAUGGCAAGGAGAGACGACCAUUUCCCUUUGCCACACUGAAGCCCUCAGUCUUGCCCAUGGUCAACAUUUCAGGAAUGGAGCUCAAUCCACCCAUCACUUUCUACCUUAGGCGUGGCCCAGGGCCUGUCUACAUCAGUGGCCGUGAUCUUACUGUGCGUUUAGACCCAUCCUGGGAGGAAGAAGGGAAUAAGGAGGAUGAAAAGGAGAUGGAGGAGGCUGAGGAGGAAGAAGGAGAUGAUGAUGAUGACAAUGACGAUGACAAUGAUGAUGACGACGAUGACGACAGUGAUGAUGAUAAUGAGGAUGAGGAUGACGAGGAUGACGAUGAAGAUUCUAAUGAGAUAUCCUUGGAAGAGACUUCUCCACCUAAGCCAGCCAAGCGACGGGCCUCCAAAAGUCAGACUGGUGUCGCAAAGAGUCCCAUUGCUGAGGAGCCUUGAAAUGAAGGCCAAAGGCAAGAAGGCAAAGACAAUACUCAGGAAAUAAGGGCAACGUGCAAGAGAGGUAGUGAAGGGUCAAGAAAGAGCAAAACAGGAACUGGGAAGAAAAAAAAAAUAAAAAUAAAUUUUUUUUCUGGAACUCUGGCUUCUCGGGCUAUUUUCCCCUCUCCAGACCAUCACUCCACCUGGCUGGCCACAGCCUUUUCCGUCAUGCUUACAACUACAUGCAGUUGA